AGCCUGCAACACACUACAACACAGGGAAUCCCAUAGCUACUCACAAACACGCGGAAAGGGCCCGCUUCAUUUAAUCCACCUCAGGGAAUGGCCUCAACCACUAUUGGUCUCCUGCCUGAGAAGCACUUCCUGUGCUCGCUGUGUGAGCACAUCUUCACCAGCCCCGUCACCACUCCCUGUGGCCACAGCUUCUGCAAGGUGUGCCUGCGCAAGUACUGGUCGCAGGGCGGGGCCGAGCGCUGCCCGUCCUGCAGGAGGGCCUUCCCCGCGCGACCCCAUCUGAGCGUCAACCGCAUCCUGGCAGACGUCACCGAGAACUACAGGAAGACGCGGCAGGCGGCCAAGGAGGAGGUCCAGCACCCUAUGGAGACACCAGAGAGGCAUCCUACUGACCUGUUUGCUCAGACAGCAGAGGAGCUGGAGAAGAUGAUUGAGGAGAGACAUGUGAAGAUGGAGACGCUGAAGAUGUCCUUGCAGCUACUCAAAAGCUGGUGCCAGAGGGAGGUGCGGGAGAGCCACCGUGUGUUCACGGCCCUGGUGAGCUCCAUGGAGCAGAGCCACAGGCUGGUGGUGGAGGCGGCCGAGGCCAAGGAGAAGCAGGCGGAGAGCAGAGUCAAGCGGCUGCUGAAGGAGCUGGAGAGGGAGAUCCGGGAGCUCAAGGGUGGGAGCCCCCCUCAGGAGGAGCAGCAGAGCGAGAUGAAGAGAUGGAGCUCACGCAUCACUCUAGAUGCCACGGAGAUGAGGGAUUGGUCCAAGGUUUCCUUGGAGACGGACCCGUGUGUCGGGGAGACCAGAAGGGCAGUGCUGGACUUGGCUGACAAAGUCCUGAUGGAGGCCAAUCGGCUCUCCAAGUCAGAGCUUAAAAGACUGAAGAAAUACUCAGUGGAUAUCAACUUGAACCACCAGACAGCGCACGCCUUCCUGGUCCUGUCAGAUGACAAGAAGCAAGUCAGGCACGGUGACAAGAGGCAAGAGGUCCUGGAGACUCCAAAGAGGUUCGACCGCAUGACCACCGUCCUGGCCAAGGAGAGCUUCCUCUCGGGCAGAUACUACUGGGAGGUGGACGUGGUGGGCAAGACAGAGUGGGAGCUGGGUGUGGUCCGACAUUCGGUGAACAGGAAGGGGAAAUUCACCGUCUGCCCCGCAAACGGUUUCUGGACUCUGAGCUUCAGGAACGGGAGCCAGUACAUAGCCAGCACAUCCCCUCCCACCUGCCUGGCAGUACGGCACAAGGCAAAGAGGAUCGCUGUGUUUGUGGACUAUGAGGAGGGAAGAAUAUCUUUCCUCUGUGUGGACAGCGGCGCCCACCUCCACACCUUUAUGGACGCUUUCACAGACAGGCUUCAUCCGUUCUUCGGCCCUGGAAGGCCACACGGAGGCAAGAACACAGCCCCUCUUGUCAUCAACAGCAACUGCUGCAGCAUCUAGACACAUAGCCAAGCAACAAGCAUAGAAAACACUUGACAUUACAGUAUAUUCACCACUCUGAUUCAUGAAACUCAAUCAAACUUUCCACAUAGCUACCUGUAUGUGGUCCAAUCACUGACCAUGUGGAUUACUAAUUUGUGAUUUAUAUAAUAUGUGAUUCCAUCUGCACUUCCCCCUUCCCAAAAUGUGAAUAGAAAUAAAUAUAUAAUUCCUAUCCCGUGUUCAGCUUGUCUAUAAAAAAGAAGCAGUAGUUGAAUUCAUUCAUUAUGUCAUCCUCUUUCAUGUUGAGAGUUCCUCAUUCAUGAAUGCAAACGGCCUUGCUUUCAGAAUGGUGUCUAGCUGGUUACCUAAAGAUUAUAUCACCAAGAUCACAUGAGUGCACAAAGCCAGUCAGACUGAGAGCAUUUCACCAUACAGGUGAAGAGGAAAUGAGGGAGGUCAUCUCAGCCAUGCCAUUUGGCUACAUUUGAAACAGGCAGUGGAGGGCCACUGAAAGGAGUGUUACAUAAAACAGAAAUGGGAAAAAAAAGAGAUCCUUUAAGAGGCCGCAAAGACGUGCCCCCAGCCAGCUGAACCCAUAAACCAUGAGUGUGGUAUGGAAAAAAGGGGUUAAGAUGAAAAGAGAAAUCUCACAUCAAGUAACAAG